GCGGGUUUUUGCUGGCUACUGCGUCCUACCGCGGUCGCUGAGAAGCUCAGCGGUAACUUUUGGGAAGCUGAACGUGCUCUCGAGGAGAGGAUCUCUUGUGAUUUCUGCCCCCUCCCUUAGGAACUUUUGGGGAGCUACCCCCGCAUUUUUAAAAAUAUAUAUAUUUCUCUGUCAUGGCGGCUGGGGCUUUCUGACCUCAGGGCCUGUCUUGAGCCAUUUGGUCACCUCCGGUCUCGGUCCACAAGGAUAAGAGAGAUUUUGGCCGGCUCCCAGCCUUCCUUCCGGGCGAUCAUGUCCGUGUCCGCCGAGAAGCUGGCGGAGGAGCUGCAGAUCUUCGGCCUAGAAUACGAGGAGUCUCUGAUGGAGAAAUUGGUAGAGCUUUGUGUUCAGUAUGGACAGAAUGAGGAGGGAAUGGUAGGCGAACUCAUAGCCUUCUGCACCAGCAUCAAUAAAAUUGACCUUACCUCAGAGAUCCUGAACUCCUUUGAGCAUGAGUUUCUGAGCAAAAGGUUGUCCAAAGCUCGGCACAGUGCCUCCAAGGACAGUGGACAUGCAGGAGCUAGAGACAUUAUUUCUAUACAAGAAUUAAUUGAAGUAGAGGAAGAAGAAGAAACCCUCUUGAACUCUUAUACCACACCCUCUAAGGGCUCUCAGAAGCGAACUAUCGCCACACCAGAAACUCCCUUAACAAAAAGGAGUAUGUCUACUCGUAGCCCUCACCAACUCCUCUCACCAUCAAGUUUCUCUCCAAGUGCUACUCCCUCUCAGAAAUACAACUCAAGAAAUAACCGAGGAGAAGUGGUUGCCUCCUUUGGCUCAGCACAGGGAGUGUCCUGGUCUGGGAAAGGAGGAACCGGAAACAUCAGCCUGAAAGUCUUGGGGUGUCCAGAGCCACUAACUGGGAGUUACAAAACCAUGUUUCAGAAGCUUCCAGACAUUCGAGAAGUUCUGACCUGUAAGAUAGAAGAACUUGGCAGUGAACUCAAGGAACAUUAUGAGAUCGAGGCUUUCACUCCUCUUUCAAACCUAGCACAAGAGCCUGUAGCUCUCCUGGGCCAGAUCGGCUGUGAUAGCAACGGAAAGCUGAACAAUAAGUCAGUGAUUCUUGAAGGAGACCAGGAACAUUCUUCAGGUGCUCAAAUCCCAGUGGAUUUAUCAGAGCUCAAAGAAUAUUCUCUGUUUCCUGGACAGGUUGUAAUUAUAGAAGGAAUCAACACCACUGGUAGAAAAUUGAUUGCCACUAAACUCUAUGAGGGUGUGCCACUUCCAUUUUAUCAGCCCACAGAAGAAGAUGGAGACUUUGAGCAAAGCAUGGUCCUGGCUGCCUGUGGGCCGUAUACCACAUCUGAUAGCAUCACAUAUGACCCCUUGCUUGACCUGAUUGCCAUCAUCAACCACGACCGGCCAGAUGUUUGCAUCCUGUUUGGUCCUUUCCUGGAUGCUAAACAUGAACAGGUGGAGAACUGUCUACUGACAAGUUCGUUUGAAGAUGUUUUCAAGCAAUGUCUACGAACAAUUAUUGAAGGGACAAGAAGCUCUGGCUCCCACCUUGUCUUUGUCCCAUCAUUGAGAGAUGUGCACCAUGAGCCUGUGUACCCACAGCCGCCUUUCAGCUACUCCGAUCUGUCUCGAGAGGACAAAAAGCGAGUACAGUUCGUGUCUGAGCCCUGCACCCUCUCCAUAAAUGGAGUCAUCUUUGGCUUGACAUCUACGGAUCUACUCUUCCACAUGGGGGCCGAGGAAAUUAGUAGUUCUUCUGGAACUUCAGACAGAUUCAGCCGAAUACUCAAGCACAUCCUGACCCAGAGGAGCUACUACCCACUCUACCCACCUCAGGAAGACAUGGCCAUUGACUAUGAGAAUUUCUAUGUCUAUGCACAGCUGCCUGUCACCCCAGAUGUCUUCAUAAUCCCAUCAGAGCUGAAGUACUUUGUGAAGGACAUCCUUGGCUGUGUCUGUGUGAAUCCUGGGCGCCUCACAAAAGGGCAGGUGGGUGGCACCUUCAGCCGACUCUAUCUCAGGAGCCCGACCGUGGACAAGGCAGGGAGGCGCAGUCCGUGUGUUGCCGCCCAGGUGGUCAGGAUCUGAGGCUUCUGUCUUCUGCCAUCCCCCAGUAGGCAGGCAGCUGAGAGCAGAGACAGAGCCCUCUGAUAAGAUCAACUGUUAGGUGGUAGAGAAAGAGCCAGCUGGUGAGGAGGAGGCUGUGGGGACAGGGCUUCGCAGUGAAGGUGUGUGUGGUAGAGCCCUAUGAGUUGAGGUUCUGGAAGGAAGCUCUUGCUUUGAAAGCAAACGUGGUGUCUGGAAGUGAGUCGGCUGUGGAUACUGCAUACUCAGAAAAGACAAGAGGCUUUGUGAUUUUCUACAUGAAUCAAACCCAGAAACAACUUUUGGAGAAAUAAAAAUAAAUUCAGAGUAUAACUUGAAGCUAAUCUUUCUUCCACUUCCACUUUGUUUUUUCCUAGUAGUGGACAAAGUAUGUCUCCUACUUGCCCUUUGUCCAGAGAAGGCAGAGUGUUGGUCACACUGGGUCUCUGUCCAGCCCCUCAGACCUCUCCCAGCCACACCUCUUAUCCUUCCUCAUCUUCCCAAGGCUCUUACAGCCUCUCUGGGUGGAUGUGCACUGGGCUUAGCCCUGGAGCUGGCUGCAGAGUGAGCAGCUGGCUGUGUGCCUGGCCCUCCACACCCAGCCUCUCAUGUGUGCUGUGGUCCCAGCCUGACCUUCCCAUUUGGAAGGGGCAGCCUCACUGAGCUAUUCCAGUGCUGGAGAGCUGAGGCUUGCCUAGGGCCCAGAACACUUGGAUAAGGCCAGGCCAUCCAGGGUUCCCAGUGUAUCCUCAAGCCAGUGCAUCCCAGUGUCUCAGGAAAGGUUGCUGGCCAAAUGUGGAUGGGUUUCUGCCCUAAGCUGGCAGUUGGCUGCCUCACAUGCCAGAGUCAAGUCUGGAAAACCCCAGCUAUUAGGGCAGGGGCAGUAUGUGAGAGAGCAGUGAGCUGCUGUGCCUUGACUCAUAGAUAAAUAGGUAACCUAACAGUGUAAUCUUUGCUGCCCCACCACCUCUCUGGGUAAAAUGGAAUCAGACUCCAGCUCUGACCAAGGCUGGUGAGAUGACUCCAAACACAGCUGCUGCUGUUUCAUUUCAGUAGUUUUAUAGGCGCCUUCUCUAACAACACAAUAACUAAGAAAACGCCAGGAAGGUUAUGUUAACCAGUGUGAUGAAAAUGCGUCAAACAGUCUAUAAAACUAGUGUAUGGUGCCCCAUGAUUGCAUUAAUGUACACAGCUAUGAUUUAAUAAUAAAAAAUAAAUAAAUAAAAUGAGAUUUUUAGAAGGUUAAAAAAAAAAGAAUUAGAGACAAGCCCUGACUUAGGGAGUAGAUUUUCCCUCCUUCCCCAGCUCCUCCCCCAUGUGAAGCAUCCAGCCAAGUCCCAUGGGGGCAGUGUGACUUGCCAGCCUCCAGAUGUGGCAUUUUUGGAGCCAGGCCCCUCCUACAACCUAUUGCAACCUGAUACCCAGCUCAAGAAUAUCAUUUGUGUUUCUACCAAGACAAGUAUCAGCUAGAAAGCCACCCUUCCCAGCCUUGGAAAACCCAUACCCAGGAAGAUUAGGCAGCCGGCCUCCCUCCAUGAUAAACAGGCUCUAGCACAGAGCCUGUAGCCCUUAUCUUACAAGCCGGGCAUGUGGUUCUUCAGGGGCCAUACAUGGCAAUUAGUGUCAUGUGGCUUUUGAAGAAGCCUUGUGGGGAAUGGUAAGGUUCUUGCCCUACCGCAAGGUACAGAACCCCUUCCCCUCCUUAUCAGGAAGAUCCAGAGGCCCAGGUGGUGUAUGUGGGGGGUGGCUCAGCAGAAAAUGUGUACAGGGCAGGUGCCAGAAGGCAGCGAAAAGAAAGCAGGCUAGAUGGAGCUCCCUGUCCCUCAGUAUGAAUGGGAAGGAGCCUGGUUGCCUGGAUACGAGUCAUGUGAUUGUUGGAAAUGAUCCGAGGGCCGUCAGGCAUUUAAGAUUCAAACAAAAAGCAAGCAGGAUGCAAACCCCAGAGAGCAGACAGGUCUGGGGCAGGCAUGCCUUUGCCUUUCUGCUACCAGAUGUUCCUUUUUGCUCUUGUCAGGAAGUCAGUGCCAAGUCCCUAGGGCCCGCUUCAGAUGUGUCACCAGUUUCCUGAAUGUCUGUCAUCCCAAGAACUCUUGCUCCCACCAGCUUUGGGACACACAGUCUUUGAAGGAAGCUGUGGAAGGGUGGUGUUGGCGGGGGAGGGUGCUGAGUAGGCCGGAACUCUGCCUCCCCCUGACCUCAUCAUGACCCCACCCUUGAGACAUGAGUCCAAAAGUAAAGUCCCAAGCUCCUGCCCAGGGUCUGCCUACAAUCACUGAUGCCCAGCAUUGCCCUAGCCUCUGUCCUCGCAGGGCAGCACCUCUUCCUCAACUUUGCGCUGCCCUCCCUUAACCCCUGGCAUGGCUGCCCUUUAGGAUUUGAGUCUUCUGGUCUGCAAGGGUCAGGAAGAGCUGCCAAGGGGAACAAAAGCCCCUCAUAGCUCCUGUGCAUGGGAACCCAAGUGGAUGCCAAAAACGAAGCGGGGGGGCCUAGGGCCAUGUGGGGCAUCCAGGGGUGGGAGGACUGGGACGGGACCCCUCUACCCAUCCUUGCCUUCUGCACCCACCCUGGACCUGGUGUUUCCUUUCCCUUGACCCAGGGUCACUCAGCCCAGCUCAGCCCAGCCCUGUCACUUCCCCCAGUGCUGGGAGUAGCCAUUUUGGCUGUUUUCUCACUGCCUGUCUAGUACACGUUUCCCUUCCCCUGACCCACGCCUCUUGGCCAAGCCACCUGAGAGCCAUCCUGCUAACACACACACACACCCUUCUGCCUCCAGGCUUUGAGCUUUCUAACUGCAAGGAAGGCCUGGACUGCCUGGAGGGACAGGGUUUUUCUAACAUUUAGAAAGUGGUUAGUGAGGGCUGGGUAUAAUGGCUCAAGCCUAUAAUCCCAGCACUUUGAGAGGCUGCGACAGGAGUACCACUUGAACCCAGGAGUUUGAGUUGCAGUGAGAUAAAUGAUGACACCACUGCACUCUGGCCUGGGCAACAGAACAAGACGCUGUCUCAGAAAAAAGAGGAGGCUCAGCGGCUAGGGCACCAGCCAUACACGCUGGAGCUGGCCGGUUUGAAUCCAGCUGGGGCCUGACGAACAAUGACAACUACAACCAAAAAAUAGCCAGGCACUGUGGUAGGCGCAGCUACUUGGGAGGCUGAGGCAAGAGAAUUGCUUAAGCCCAAGAGUUGGAGGUUGCUGUGAGCUGUAACACCACGGUACUCUACCGAGGGUGACAUAAUGAGACUCAAAAAAAAAAAAAGAAGAAGAAAACUUCCAUUUGAGGAGCCAGGUGCAGUGGAAGUGUAAGCCUAACGCUCUGGAAGGCAGACGCAGGUGGAUUGGCUGCGCUCAGGAAUUCAAGAUCGGCCUGAGCAAGAGAGUGAGACCCCAUCUCAAAAAAAAAUAGCCAGGUGUUGUGGCAGCCGCCUGCAGCUACUGAUGAGGCUGAGGCAAGAGGAUCACUUGAGGCCAAGAGUCUGAGGUUGCUGUGAGCUGUGAUGCCAGGGCACUCUACCUAGGGCUACA